GGUGGAGCUAGUUAGCACAAGAGACAACGUGGUGGGGAGAGAGAGCGAGUUACAUCCACUGUGAUCCGGGAUAUUCAUGUGAGUUGACAUGUCUACCUUAUGGUCCUAGACACAUAAGCUGUAAAUGUUCCUCAUGUGUCUGUCCGUUUGCCACAGCGAGGAAACCGUGCAACAGCCAUGGACGCUGAUACGGCAGGAGGUGAUGUCCCCCAGCAGGUCGAGGUAGGAGAAGGAGGAGGAGGAGGAGGAGCGAUGACCAUCAAGGACGCACUGAAAGAGGUACUCAGCAAUGCCCUGUGUCACGACGGAGUGGCCCGAGGUCUCAGGGAGGCUGUCAAGGCUCUGGACAAACGUCAGGCCCUUCUCUGUCUCCUCGCCAAGAACUGUAACGAGGCGGGCUACAGUCGACUCGUCGAGGCUCUCUGCAACGAGCACAACAUCAAGCUACUCAAAGUCAGUCCAGCUUGUUCUGGUGUAUAUACCCCCGUGUCUUCUCCGUGCACAUAGCAUUUCGUGAUUACGUCGCUUUUUUGCGGAUUUGGCGAAUUCAGUGAAAUCACCACGCACACCGCCAACUGGGUUCGUAAAGCGAGAGUGCAUUUACAUCAUUUGCGACCAAGGUGAAUUCACUAGCUUUAUCACAAGCACAAGCCUGGUGUUUCGCAUCAAAGUCCUAGUGUUGAAGUCCCAGUGAUGAAAUAGAAGCUCCCUCUACUGAGUCCUACUGGGGACACUGAGGAUUAGCUUUUUCCGGAAUCACUAUAACCUUCUGAGGGACCGCGACUGUAUCACUAAGUACGGUAGUAUGUACUUAGUGUAUAGGGAUGGGCAUAUGGUACCUAGCAUCAUAGAUGUAUGGUCAGACUAGUAUAAUAGGUGAAAGAUGUUUAAAGUUGUUACUUCUCCCGU